AUGAACUCAUCUCCAGCUAUGGCACCGUCUUCUCCUGUCUUGUUUUCACCGUCGCUCGCCCGGAGGCCCCCAAGUCCCGGCCGAAGACCCAACGCAAAUUUGAGAUCAGCCUCUCCGUCCAUCAUGACUUCACCCAAACUGUGGCAGAAAGCUGCGAUUUCGCGUUUGGCAGAGGAGUUUUUCUGGAUAGGGGGAAGCAUUGUCGCCUCACCGAAGUGGAGAAUGGGCCAGAUUGUGGAGAGAUGCAUGUGCAACAUGCAGGCCGGCUCUCAAAUGAUCAAACUGAGAGGAAAAUCCAAGGCUCUGGUGCGUCUCUUUUAUCUAGAUGAGCACAAGUCCUGUAUCCGCUGGAGGCCUUCAAGGAAACACGAGAGAGCAAAAAUCACCAUAGACUCCAUCCAUGAGGUCUGUGAAGGAAUGAGAACCGAGGUCUUUAGGCGAUUUGCCAACAAUAACUUUGAUCCAAACUGCUGCUUCAGUAUUUACCACGGAGACCACGUGGAGUCUCUUGACUUGGUUUCCACCAAUGGAGAAGAGGCACGGACCUGGAUCACUGGCCUUAAAUACCUCCUGGCAGGCAUCAGUGAUGAGGACAGUCUGGCAAAAAGGCAACGUACACGAGAUCAAUAUCCUUUUAAUUACUGUUGCAAAUGGUUGAGACAGACCUUUUCAGAGGCAGACAAAAAUGGAGAUGGGAAUUUGAGCAUUGGAGAAGUCCUGCAGCUGCUUCACAAGCUCAACGUGAACCUCCCAAAGCAGAAAGUCAGAGAAAUGUUCCAGGAAGCUGACACUGAUGAAAACCAGGGAUCAUUGACAUUUGAGGAAUUCUGCACCUUUUACAAGCUGAUAUCAACACGACGAGAUCUUUAUUUACUGAUGAUCAGCUACAGCAACCACAAAGAGCACCUGGACCUGAAUGACCUGCAGCGCUUCUUAGAAAGCGAGCAAAAGAUGGUAAAUGUGACCAAAGAAUACUGCAAAAUGAUCAUUAACCAGUUUGAGCCGUGUUCUCAAAACCAAAGUCAUGUGGUGCUGGGCAUUGAUGGUUUCACCAACUACAUGCGCAGUCCUGCAGGAGACAUUUUCAACCCAGAGCACUACCAAGUAAAUCAGGACAUGACCCAGCCGCUAACAAACUACUACAUCGCGUCUUCGCACAACACUUACCUGACUGGAGAUCAGCUGCUGUCUCAGUCUCGGGUUGACAUGUAUGCGUAUGUGCUUCAGAUGGGCUGUCGCUGUGUGGAAGUUGACUGCUGGGACGGUCCUGAUGGUGAACCUAUUGUGCAUCAUGGAUACACGCUUACCUCAAAAAUCCUCUUUAAGGAUGUUGUUGAGACAAUCAACAAAUACGCAUUUGCCAAAACUCAAUUUCCAGUGAUACUCUCUAUAGAGAACCACUGCACUGUGCCUCAGCAGAAGAAAAUGGCUCAAUACCUCAUGGAAGUGCUACAGGACAAAGUGGACCUGUCAAACAUAAACGCAAACGAGUCCAGGCGUCUGCCAUCUCCAGAGGAUUUGAAAGGCAAAAUACUUGUCAAGGGGAAGAAACUGCCAGCAAACAUUGACGCUGAUGCUGAUGAAGGAGACGUGUCUGAUGAAGACAGCGGAGAAGAGGACGAGGAGGAAGAGCAGCAACUUAAUGGAGAUACCACAGAAGGAGCGCCAGAGUUGGCAUCUGCAGAUGAAUCAAAGAAACGCUCACGGAGGAAGUUCAUGGGCAGCUUCAGGCGCAAGAAGAAAAAACAGGUCAAGGUAAAAAAGAAACCUGUCGUGAGUGACUCUGAUACUGAACCAGAAAUCACAAACACUAACGACAAACAGGUCAUCAACUAUGGCAAACGAAGAAAAACGAUGCGACUUUCUCGUGCCCUGUCUGAUCUGGUCAAAUACACCAAGUCAGUGCGUGUUCAUGAUAUCGAAACUCAAGCGUACAUGUCCAGCUGGCAAGUCUCCUCCUUAAAUGAAAGCAUAACCAAUCAGAUUCUCCAGCUGAAGCCUGCGCAGUUAGUUCGCUUCAACCAACGGCAACUUUUACGAGUUUAUCCCUCCAACUACCGUGUGGAUUCCAGUAACUUCAAUCCUCAGCCUUUCUGGAACGCAGGAUGCCAUUUAGUCGCUCUCAACUAUCAAACAGAAGGCCGUAUGCUGCAACUGAACAGGGCCAAAUUUGCGGCGAAUGGAAACUGCGGCUAUGUGCUAAAGCCAAAAUGCAUGUGUAAAGGUGCCUUUAAUCCAGUGCUGGAAGACCCUUUGCCAGGACACAGGAAAUCUCAGCUAGUGCUCAAGAUUAUUAGCGGCCAGCAGCUGCCCAAGCCAAAAGACUCCAUGUUAGGGGACAGAGGAGAGAUUAUAGAUCCCUUUGUUGAAGUGGAGAUUAUUGGAUUGCCCAUUGAUUGCAAUAAACAACAGACAAGAGUAGUGGAUGACAAUGGUUUUAACCCCACUUGGGAGGAGACUCUAGUGUUUACGCUGCACAUGCCUCAGAUUGCCUUGGUACGCUUUAUGGUUUGGGACCAUGAUCCAAUUGGACGAGACUUUAUUGGACAACGAACCAUAUCAUUUAAAAGCAUGAUGCCAGGUUAUCGACAUGUCUAUUUAGAAGGAAUGGAAGAAGCGUCAAUAUUUGUUCAUGUUGCUGUUAAUGACAUCACAGGAAAGGUCAAAUCAAGCAAUGCAGUGAAGCAGCUAAUCCAGAAAAACCUUAUGCAGACCUCUGAAGAUGGCACACGAACUUCUUUUGCUCCAAACUUCCUCCGGAAAAGUGGGAAGAAUCAAUCAAAAGUGGUGAAGGUCGAUUGCUACGCCAAGCAGGACUUUCUCAACAGACGUUACAGUGACGACGUGAGCUCGAAGGACAGCAGGAGCACCUCCCAGUCUGCAUCUUUACUCAGAGGAGCUCAAAGUGAACCCCUCAAAAGAGCCCACAGGGUCAGUUUUCAGGAGCCAGAAGGAUCUCACGAGCCACGGCGCCGCCUCUCCUCCAUCCCAUACACUGGUGCAGCAGUUGUGGACUACACCAACUUGGCAUUCGACUCACAUAGCAGCUCCGAACAGGACAUUCAGACUUUUUCACACCUUGAGGAAAGCAAGGAGUCAAAACAAAAUGAUUCUCUUUCAUCUAAACUAGAGUUUGAGUCUACAGACACACCACAGACCCCCGCUUCAACACUCAAUGACCAACGCUUGUCCAGGCAGAUCUCAGAAGCUAAUGAGCAUUCAGAACAAAAACCUGAGAUGUCAGAACCUGACCCCUUGAACUUCCACCCAAUACCUGAUGGAGUCCUAGAUCCUUCUAGAGGGACAUUAAACACGUUGGUGCCCAAGAAUAAAUUCAGAUCUUCUUUUGAUGCUAGGCUUAACCCUCAGUGGCAGUCGUUGUCAAUCCCAGCGACCCCUGCACUAAGCAGACGCAUGAAUGAUAAAGGCACGCCAAAUUCUCUAUUGAAAGGAUGCAGAUCACAAAGCGUGCCAAGACGGCAUCCCACCUCUCCUCCAAAUACCCCUGGUCAUGUGAGGAGAGACCCCAUCAACCAGUAUUGUCUCCCACAGUGCAGUUACACCACAGCAAACGACCUCGUUCCCAAUAAUCACAACAUCGCAGAGAGUGAAUCAAGCAGCCUAAGUAGUUUGGACAGCCUUGACCUGAGUACUCUGCCAUGCCGUUUCCCUGACAACCAGCAGCAGACAAUGGGCACACUGCAGAGGGAAAUGAAUGCCCUGUUUGAGCAGAAAAUACAGGAGAUUCGCUGCCAUUCGCCACUGUUUUUCAGAGGUAAGGAGAAAAGUGCCAAAGGCUGUUGCUAA